CGCGGUGGGCACUCUUUUCGGACGUUUUGACUUCUCUCUCUCGUAUCGCCCGGGUUCCAAGAAUGUCAAACCCGAUUCCCUUUCUCGCAUUUUUGACCAUUCCGAACGCCCAUCCACUCCCGAGUGCAUCCUACCCGGGACCCUAGUGGUCUCCACACUCACAUGGGAGGUUGAAUCGAGGGUCAAAACGGCCUUAGAGGGGGUCACGCCUCCGCCCGGUUGCCCGCCUAAUCGGUUGUUUGUGCCGGAGGGGUGUCGGUCCGAUGUUAUUCGGUGGGGGCACUGCUCCAACGUAGCGUGUCAUCCAGGAGUCAGCCGCACUAGCUUUUUGGUUAAGCAACGCUUUUGGUGGCCACUGAUGGCUCGUGACAUUCACAGUUUUGUCUUGGCCUGCUCGGUUUGUGCCACUGGGAAGACUUCUAAUCGACCCCCAGAUGGGUUACUCCAACCGCUGUCGGUCCCUUCGAGACCCUGGUCCCACAUCACGCUAGAUUUUGUUACCGGCCUCCCGCCCUCCCAGGGCAAGACGGUUGUUUUGACCGUGGUGGACCGGUUCUCGAAGGGGGCUCAUUUUAUUCCCUUGCCUAAAUUACUGUCUGCCAAGGAGACAGCGGUAACUGUCGUGGAUCACGUCUUUCGCUUACAUGGCCUGCCGAUGGACGUAGUUUCUGACCGGGGGCCCCAAUUUGUGUCCAAGUUUUGGCAAGAGUUUUGUAGGUUACUGGGAGCGAGUGUCAGCCUGUCUUCAGGGUUUCAUCCCCAGAGCAACGGUCAAACGGAGAGGGCCAACCAAGAUUUGGAGAGAGUGUUGCGAUGUUUGGUUUCUAAGAAUCCCUCUUCCUGGAGUCAACAACUCUCUAUGGUUGAGUACGCUCACAAUUCGUUGCCAGUGGCAGCCACGGGUCUCUCUCCGUUUGAGUGUAGUUUAGGUUACCAGCCACCUAUCUUUCCCAGUACGGAGUCCGAGGUCACUGUUCCCUCCGCUCACGCUUUCAUCCAGAGGUGCCGUCACGCAUGGAGCAGAGCCCGUGAGACUCUUCUCCGGGUGGGGGCGCUCACCAAGGCUAAGGCCGAUCGCCACCGGUCGAAGCCUCCGGUAUACGUCGUUGGCCAAAGAGUGUGGCUUUCUACUAAGAACAUUCCACUCCGAUCCGUUUCGAACAAGCUUGCCCCCAAAUUUAUCGGCCCGUUCAGAGUCACCAGGAUCAUUAGUCCGGUGGCGGUCCGGCUCAAGCUUCCUCCGGCGUAUAGGAGAAUUCAUCCUACCUUUCAUGUGUCUAAAAUAAAACCUGUGUUUCAGGCACGCAUUAACCCGCCGGUCCCGGUUCCCCCGCCGCCACGACUUGUUGAUGGGGAAACCACCUUUUCUGUCAAUCGUAUUUUGGACUCUAGAAGGAGGGGACGCGGAUUCCAGUACCUGGUGGACUGGGAGGGUUACGGCCCGGAGGAGAGAAGUUGGGUACCUGCUAGGGACAUUCUGGAUCACUCCCUUAUCGAUGAUUUCAAUCGACAGGUGUUUAAGAUGCUGCAGUGAGUUCGGAGCUGAAUCUUAACUGAAGCCUCAGCAUGUCCAUACUGCUGAUGGUGGGUGUGGUGAUGUGGGGGGCCCAAGGGGGGAUCGGGGUCCAUGGGGCCAUGUGUCCCGGGGGGGUCCUUGGUAACUGCCCCACCCAGCAGAGCAACACCUCCGGUGGGGGUGAGACCUCCAGGGACUACUGCUACACCGCCCGUAUCCGAUCUACCGUGCUCCAGGGCCUGCCCUUCGGAGGGGUGCCCACCGUCCUCGCACUCGACUUCAUGUGCUUCCUGGUACUCCUGUUUGUGUUCUCCAUCUUGAGGAAGGUAGCGUGGGACUACGGCCGCUUGGCGCUGGUCACUGAUGCAGACAGACGGAGUCAGCGAUACAGCCGUCUGGACGAACAGGAAUAUGUGGCGUCUGCCAUAACGUCAGAGCUUCCCGAUCGCUACGAACGCCUGACCUCUGUCUCCAGCUCAGUGGACUUUGAGCAGCGAGACAACGGCUUCUGCUCCUGGUUAACAGCCAUCUUCCGCAUAAAGGAUGAGGAGAUCAGGGAGAAGUGUGGAGAGGAUGCUGUGCACUACCUCUCCUUCCAGAGGCACAUCAUUGGUCUGCUGGUGGUGGUGGGCGUGCUCUCAGUGGCCAUCGUCCUGCCCGUCAACUUCUCAGGAAACCUAUUGGAAAAUGAUGCCUACAGUUUUGGACGCACCACUUUAGCCAAUCUGGAUGCCAAUAACAUGCUGCUGUGGCUCCACACCACCUUUGCGUUCCUCUACCUGUUGCUGACCGUGUACAGCAUGAGACGGCACACCUCCAAGAUGCACUACAGAGAGGACGAUCUGGUGAAGCGCACUUUAUUUGUCAACGGGAUCUCCAAGUAUGCAGAGGAGAAGCACAUCAAGCAACACUUUGAACAGGCCUAUGAAAACUGCUGUGUUCUCGAGGCUCGUAUCUGCUACGAUGUGGCCAAGCUGAUGUCGCUCAACUCAGAAAGGAAGAAGACCGCGCGUAGCAAGAAGUUCUUUACAGACCUACAGUCCAAGGAGCACAUCCCCACCAUGAUCAACCCCAAACCCUGUGGUCAUCUCUGCUGUUGCAUCAUCAAGGGCUGUGAGCAGGAGGAGGCAGUUAGUUAUUACACCAAGCUGGAGUCCAAGCUGAAGGAGGAGUACAGGAAGGAGAAAGAGAAGGUCAACAGUAAACCACUGGGAAUGGCCUUCGUUACCUUCCAGAACGAAGCCAUGACCGCUAUUAUCCUGAAGGACUACAAUGCGUGUAAGUGUCAGGGCUGCCACUGUCGGAGGGAACCCAGGUCUUCUUCCUUCAGCCAGCACCUUCACACCUAUUCCUGGACGGUCGGUUACGCACCAGACCCACAGAACGUCUACUGGGAGCAUCUGUCAGUAGGAGGGUUCCCCUGGUGGCUGAGAUGCUUCAUCAUCAACUGUAUCCUCUUCCUCCUCCUCUUCUUCCUCACAACCCCCGCCAUCAUCAUCUCCACCAUGGACAAGUUCAACGUCACCAAGCCUGUCGAGUACCUCAACAACCCCAUCGUGACUCAGUUCUUCCCCACCCUGCUGCUGUGGGCCUUCUCCGCCCUGCUACCCACCAUCGUGUACUACUCUGCCUUCUUCGAGGCCCACUGGACACGGUCUGGAGAGAACAGGACCACCAUGCAUAAAUGUUACACCUUCCUCAUCUUCAUGGUCUUACUGCUGCCCUCUCUAGGACUCAGCAGUCUGGACGUUUUCUUCCGAUGGCUGUUUGACAAGCGUUUCCUGGCUGACGCUGCCGUGAGGUUUGAGUGUGUGUUCCUGCCUGACAACGGGGCGUUCUUUGUGAACUAUGUCAUCGCGUCGGCGUUCAUCGGUAACGCCAUGGAUCUGCUGAGGAUCCCUGGUCUGCUCAUGUAUAUGACCCGGCUGUGUCUGGCUCGCUCUGCUGCCGAGAGACGCAACGUCAAGAGGCACCAGGCGUAUGAGUUCCAGUUCGGGGCGGCCUAUGCCUGGAUGAUGUGUGUCUUCACUGUGGUCAUGACAUACAGCAUCACCUGUCCAAUCAUCGUCCCCUUCGGUCUGAUGUACAUGCUGUUGAAACACCUGGCAGAUCGCUACAACAUGUACUAUGCCUACCUUCCCUCCAAGCUGGACAAGAAGAUCCACUCUGGGGCCGUCAACCAGGUGGUGGCAGCACCUAUCCUCUGUCUCUUCUGGCUCCUGUUCUUCUCCACUCUCCGCACAGGUUUCUCAGCCCCUACCUCUAUGUUUACCUUCAGCGUCCUGAUCAUCACCAUCAUCGUCUGCUUGUCCCAUGUCUGCUUUGGACACUUCAAAUAUCUCAGCGCUCACAACUACAAGAUUGACGUGGAGAAUGUGGAUGGGGUGGAGAACGGUCAUCCAGCACGAACCUCUCCCUCCAAUAAGUCAGCACAGAUGUACAUUGCCUCUGUGCUCCAGGAUCCCAGCUUAGACGAGCUGGGUUCGGCUGGCAGCGGGGUCAGCGAGGGCUCGCAGGACGAGGAGAUCAUCCAAGUGGGGAACAGCCUCAAUGAGGCCGACUUCCAGAGUGGUGAGGACAGUCUUCUCGCUAACGAGGUGCGGCACUGACGUGAGGGGAUGCCGGAGACCGAGGACGGGGAGAGAGAAGAAGAGACUAAGGUGUAAUGUGACUGACGUGAUGGAUGCGCUGGUCUAGUGAAUGAAGCUAUGGAGCUGAAACGGACUGACAGACGGCUCUAGAAGACAUGGAGAGAGACCACUAAACCUUAAACACCUUGAGUCAAGAGAGGGACUAUUUCUCUGUCUACACUAACGAACAAAGCAACACAAAUACCUUUCUCAUGCCUUUCACUCCUCUUCAGCUUAGGCCAUGGACCACAGUUCUCCAGCACAUCUUUUCCCCCAGAGAGACUACACUAACACCAACAUGCAAAGACGAGAGAGAGAGCGGUGGACUAGUCUACAUUAACUAACAAAGGAAGACUACUUACUAAAGACCUCUAUCAACAACUGCUUCUCUAGGAUUCUCUUGCUAGGAUGCUACUCUGACACUCAGACUCUACUGUAGGACUCUACCCCGGCGCUAGGACUCUACUGUAGGACUCUAGUCUGGCGCUAGGACUCUACUGUAGGACUCUAGUCUGGCGCUAGGACUCUACUGCAGGACUCUACCCUGGCGCUAGGACUCUACUGUAGGACUCUACCCUGGCGCUAGGACUCUACUGUAGGACUCUAGUCUGGCGCUAGGACUCUACUGCAGGACUCUACUCUGGCGCUACGACUUUACUGUAGGACUCUACCCUGACGCUAGGACUCUACUGUAGGACUCUACCCUGGCGCUACGACUCUACUGUAGGACUCUACCCUGGCGCUAGGACUCUACUGUAAAACUCUGGCGCUAGGACUUUACUGUAGGACUCUACCCUGGCGCUAGGACUCUACUGUAGGACUCUACCCUGGCGUUAGGACUCUACUGCAAAACUCUGGCGCUAGGACUCUACUGUAGGACUCUACCCUGGCGCUAGGACUCUACUGUAGGACUCUACCCUGGCGCUAGGACUCUAGUCUGGCGCUAGGACUCUACUGUAGGACUCUAGUCUGACGCUAGGACUACUGUAGGACUCUAGACUGGCGCUAGGACUCUACUGUAGGACUCUAGUCUGGCGCUAGGACUCUACUGUAGGACUCUACUCUGGCGCUAGGACUCUACUGUAGGACUCUAGUCUGGCGCUAGGACUCUAUUGUAGGACUCUAGUCUGGCGCUAGGACUCUACUGUAGGACUCUACCCUGGCGCUAGGACUCUACUGUAGAACUCUACCCUGGCGCUAGGACUCUACUGUAGGACUCUACCCUGGCGCUAGGACUCUACUGUAGGACUCUAGUCUGGCGCUAGGACUCUGCUGUAGGACUCUAGUCUGGCGCUAGGACUAGCUAGGACUCUAAUAUAGGACUCUACUAUAGGACUUUAGUCCGGCGCUAGGACUCUACUGUAGGACUCUACCCCGGCGCUAGGACUCUAUUGUAGGACUCUACCCCGGCGCUAGGACUCUACUGUAGGACUCUACCCCGGCGCUAGGACUCUACUGUAGGACUCUACCCCGGCGCUAGGACUUUACUGUAGGACUCUACCCCGGCGCUAGGACUCUACUGUAGGACUCUACCCCGGCGCUAGGACUCUACUGUAGGACUCUAGUCUGGCGCUAGGACUUUACUGUAGGACUCUACCCCGGCACUAGGACUCUACUGUAGGACUCUACCCCGGCGCUAGGACUAGCUAGGACUCUACCCCGGCGCUAGGAAUAGCUAGGACUCUACCCCGGCGCUAGGACUCUACUGUAGGACUCUACCCCGGCGCUAGGACUAGCUAGGACUCUACCCCGGCGCUAGGACUAGCUAGGACUCUACCCCGGCGCUAGGACUAGCUAGGACUCUACUGUAGGACUCUACCCCGGCGCUAGGACUAGCUAGGACUCUACCCUGGCGCUAGGACUAGCUAGGACUCUACCCCGGCGCUAGGACUAGCUAGGACUCUACUCUCUCUGAUAUCUUCCUUCAUGACGAAUCUAUCUUUUCUGAUGGCAAAGUCACGCAGGGACACUUAGCAGUAGUUAACUCCCUCUUCCAACUGUUGAUCUAGAGCAGCCUCUGAACUGAGGCUCGGGACUGUGAAGUGAGAACAGCCACUCUCUAAGAAAAACUGCACUGGGAGCCCCGCACACUCACAACUGAGAUGGGAAGAAGAUUCCUUUUUUUGGCCUUGUCAUGCAGGGGGGGACUAGCUUUCUGUCUAGAUUUCCUUAAAACUACGACUAUUGCACUUGAAAGAGAAGGAUAGGUGUGUGUCUGUGCCCUACACUGGCUUGGCUUAGUGGGGUGAUGUGGCUUUGGCUCGCAUGUGUUUUCCUCCUCACAGAACCUUGAGUCUGGUUUUCUAGAGGUCUAGAACAGCCACUCGGGCCUCGGACUUCAGAGAGGGUUGGAGGGGUCUUUAUUUCCCCUAAUCCUUUGCCUGUUCUGCCUGCAUCCUUAAUAGUCUCUGCACGAGAGGCUGCUUCACAACAAGCAGCUUUAUAUGAAAAGACGGAGACGACAUGUCUGUCAGCGUCACAAUGUUAGCCUGCUCUGGUCUCCCCCUACUCUGUCCCGACCGUCUCCGGGAGUCUCUGGGUGGUUCCAGCCCUGUGUAAAAAGGAAGGUGGUCGCUAUGACGAUGACCACUCUGUAACAAACUGAACUAACACUCCCUCAUUGCUGUUUACUUUUAUGUUUAGCUUUUUUCGAUGUUGUUCAGCAACAAAAACUCGGGAUUUGUAAAAUAGCCUCUUUUUAUUUUAUUUUGUAUUUAUUUUUUAGGCAUGGUUAUUUUAAGUUGGUCUGAGAACUUUAAUUACUUAACUGCUGUUUCGACGUUAAAACGCCGUAACUGGAUGAAUGGAUCAUGUAACAUGGAUACUGUACCUCGUAAACAACACGGUUGCUCUGACUCCUGGCCGGUUCUGCCCAGAGAAGUGGGACUGCGGCUCAGACUGAGCCCUAAUGGAGCCCUGACAGAACUGAAGGAGGAAGACAGCGGGGAACCCCAGAUGAUGCCCCCGGGAAGCACAUAUGAAGUGGAUAUGACAGCCCACCCUGUACCCUGUUUUGUGUCCCACAACUAUGGUUGCAAAAUUCACAAAAUUGUCCCAGAGUUCCUAGGUUUUUCACAACUUGGUUAGAAGUUUCUUGGAAUAAGGGAUUUCUGGAAAAACCGAGGAACUUUGAAAGUUUCCGUAAUUUUGCAACCUCAGCCAGUCCUCCUCUCCCAGCCAGGACUCUGUGGGACAACGUUCCUCUGUAGAGGGAGAACUCGACCCUUGAACUCUUGGUCUGUGACCUGUACAUGUAGUUCCCACAGGACUCCCUGGGGUCGCUUUCAGCAGGGGUCGGGGCACAACGUGGUUGAGCGUUCAGAUAUAUGUUAUGUUGAACAAAAUAUGCCUCUGAAAUGUACAAUAAGGAAACAUGGCAACUCUAUUCAUGACAUUUCUAUCUGCAACGUUCCACAACGUGUGCUUGAAUGUGACCCUGACCUUUUGACUGGUCUGUGUUCACUAGUUCUAUCUAUCUCAUCGAACUGCUCUCAUAUCAUACAAGUUCCUAUACAAGACAAGCCUCUUUAUUUUGGUGUUUAUGUCACUGUACUAAAGAUUUAUUUCAAUGUUGGUUUGAACAUUUUGUUUUUUUGUGUGUGUGGGGGGGGGUAACGAGCUUUUAAAAGAUAGUCUACCGAGUUCUGCCGACUCUAGAUGGGCUCUGAUUGGUUUAAGGAUGCCUAGCGUCAACCAAUGACAACAUGAAUUGUGACAUCAGCGAGAUACUCUUAUCAUGUUGUGGUCUAUAUUGUACAAUAAAAAAAGUUAAAAUGAUCAUUGAGCAUUGAUUGAAAUGACAAUGUCCCCAACUGCCAUCGCUCAGCUACAGUGCUGUAUCGUACGCGGUGUUGUUAAUAUGUAACGUUUUAUAGAAAACAUGGACAGGACUGACAGGCGCUAUGAGGGACGCAGACAAUGGGUCUUAAUGCAGGAAGACCAGCGGGUUUUAGAUGCCUGGUGUUUUGUUUAUGUUGUUUCACUUCAACAUCCCGAUUUAUUAGCGGAAAAACAAAAUGGAUGACACCAACUUCGUUGUUUUUAUAUUUUUCCUUCUCUGUACUCUGACCUUUUAUCUUUCAAGUAAUUCGGCCGCCAUAACUCACGAUGUCUCUCUUCAAGUCGUUACAAUAUUCCACUGACCGGCUUAGUUUUCCUUCCAAAGUGUUGCCUUGUGGCAGAUCCUGGUUGAACCUCAGGGGUCUAUCAUAACCAAGCAGAAUCAAUGACUUAGCCAACUAUUAGAUAUAAUAAUGAUUUGAUUGUUCUGAGGUAAUUUAAGAAAGCUAAACUCAGAGAUGUGCGUUUUGGUUGUUGAGUCAUCGAGAACAUUCCCAUUUCAAGCUCAUCUUUCUAAACGAAAAACAAAAAAGUUAUUUCAGAAUAUUUAAGGCAAAUUAGCUGGCUAACUCAUUGAUCUUGCUUUGUGGUAUACCCUUCUGAGCAUUGUCUGGUUUAGCCUGGCUAUGUGCAUAUCUCCUAUAUAACUGUCAUUUCUGAAACAUUUCACCUGUCCUGUUUAAAGUCUUGGUUCCACAUUGUGGAAACGCAUCAAUAAAUAUGAAACAAAUGUCCUUUUGAAAUGUUUUCGUAGCACUAAUUUGAACAGUCAGUCAGUCAGUGGGCUGAACCAUACAUGCUGAGCAGCUUUUCUAUUAUAUGCAUAAACCAAGUAACAAAUCCUAGUGUCUAGUACACAUUUAAUGUACUCUGUAGUACCUCUAUAUAACUGGUCCAAUGUCGUGUCUGAUUCUGUACAGUAAAAUGAUGCACUCAGGAUUUAUCAAACGUGUUAUUUUUUUAAGUGUAAAGGUUUAUCAGUUGGUCUCUGAGAAAUAGUGUCAUUAUAAACUCAGCAAAAAAUAAAAAUAAACGUCCCUUUUUCAGGA